AUUUUUAGUAGAAAGUCAUAUUAUUUGGAAAAGAAAUUUGGCUAACAUUUUCUUCUAAAAUAUGUUCUUUAAAAUAUGUGCACAAAUUUGCACACACUUUUACUGCAAGUCACUUGCGUACUUUAUUUGCCAACAGAAGAGAGCAAAAAUUCAGGACCUGCUAAUUUCGGACGGGAGAUUUUUUCCAACUUUGAGGAGAUGUUCAAUGAAGAUCAGCAGUUGUAUAAAAAUACUAAAUUAAGCACAAAAAGCACAAAAAAGACUGAGUCCAUGGCAAAUUUUUCAAAUGAAGAGGUAAUUUUAUCUCAACAGCUGUUGUUUUGCAAACUUUGAUUGAAAAUCGUUCGCGUACUUUUGCUGGCAAGUUUUUUAAAAGGGGUUAAUUGGAUCUUUCCUGCGAAUUUUUUACUGAAAAACUUAUCUUAGUAAACAAAUCAUAUUAUAAUGAACACAGCUUAUCUUAUUCUCAUUAUUAUUGUGAAUUAUAUUUUUCUCCGUCACCCAUUGUGAUUGAUUGUCAAAAUGUGUAGGACAGUUGAUUCCAUUCGUCUUGCUAUAUGGUUUUAUUUUGUCGCGAUAUUGAAUUAAAAUUCUAUCAAAAAUGGCAUUUAGUAAUUUAUUAAUAAAAACUCAGCUACAGCAAAGUUUACGGCAGCAAACUCCUUUGGUUUUAGCCACCCGCCAGGGCCAUACUAUUCGUGGCAAACCUCCCGGUGUAGCCAAAACUCUUGAACAACGUUUGCAAGAAGAAAAUAAAGUUGAUCCUGAAUUAACUACUCGGGUAAAUAUUGGAUUUCCCAAACUGAAGCAGCCACGCUCGGAAGUAUUCAGAGAUCGUUGGACUCACAUUAAGGGACAACGUGCCAAUAGCGAGUUGGAGAAGAAGGCAAGAAGUCAACAGAUGCUAAUUGACUUGAACGAAGUGAACAAGGAUUAUAACGAAACAACACGUGGUUACGAUUUACGUAUUAUUGCCGACCAUUAUGGUAUAUUCCAAGAUCUUUUUGGAACAGCAUACUUUGUACCAAGAGUCCCUUUGAGCAUACAGUAUCAAGCUGAUAAGGAUACCCUAAUACCCGUAUACAAUGGCAACAUCAUAAAACCUUUGGAGGCUAGGAAGGCCCCAUUAAUGCAAUUUGAUGGAAGCAUUGAUCCCAUAACUGGUAAGGCACGAAAAGGAGACUCAUAUUGGACAUUGUUGGCCACAAAUCCCGAUGCUCAUUUUAAUGGAGACGACAAGGAAUAUGUUCAUUGGUUUGUUUCGAAUAUACCCAAUGGUGAUGUUCAAAAAGGUGAAGUAAUUGUCAACUAUUUGGCCCCUUUUCCACCCAAAGGCAUUGGCUAUCAGCGUUUUGUUUUUGUUUUAUACAAGCAAAAUAAGAAACUAGAUUUUAGUUCCAUGAAGCUGGCAGAUGCGGAUUAUGUCAAUUUAGAAAAGCGUACAUUCAGAACGUAUGACUUUUAUCGCCAAUAUCAGGAUGAUAUAACGCCAGCAGGUUUGGCCUUUUAUCAAACCGACUAUGAUAAAUCUUUAUCGAAAUUCUAUCAUGAAGUUUUAAAUUUGAAAGAGCCAAUUUUUGAAUAUGACUUCCCUGAACCCUACUUGGCCGAUCAAAAGUUCUUCCCCUUGCGUCAAGCUUUCAACUUAUACAUGGAUCGUCAUCGUGACAUAAAACAAGUCAACAAAGAGUUUUUGGAACGCAAAUUGGCGAAAACACAUCCAUUUGAUGGACCAGAAAAACCAUUGCUCUAUCCCAAUGCCCAUCCCAUUAAGAAUAAGCCAUCGUGGUUGCGCACUGAGAUUAGAAAGGAACGUCUGAAAAUUGGACGCAUUAACGACUACUAAAUAAAAUUCAAUAUUUGAAGGAUAAUUAGUACAUUUAAUAUUUGUUGAAAUAUAUUUGCUGGCAUAAUAAUUAAGGCAAUAAAAUUAAUUUAC